AUGAGCUCAAGGGCAGCUGCAGCCUCUUCCAGGAGAAAGGGGAAACGUAGAGAGAGGUACGACGACUCAGAGCAUCCAGAGGAACAUGCUACUCUACUUGGAGACGAUACAGCGGAGAAUGAGUUCCGAGAUGAGGAGGCGGAGGCGGAGAGGAUCCCCUUGGGUCCCGAGCGUUCAUCAAAGUCAUCUAGCCAAGACAAAUCGCGCACUGUGCCCUUCCGUCCGCCAGACAAGCUACGCAACAAGUUCUCUCCUAACAUCGUCCGCAACCAAAAGUACAAUGCGUUCACAUUCCUCCCAAUCGUAUUCUACGAACAGUUCAAGUUCUUCUUCAACCUAUAUUUCCUCCUAGUCGCACUCUCACAGUUCAUUCCCGCUUUGAAGAUUGGCUUCAUCGCCACGUACAUCGCGCCGCUUGCAUUUGUACUCUGCGUGACCAUGGGCAAAGAGGCGUACGACGAUUAUAAACGCAAUUUGCGUGAUCGCGAAGCAAAUUCUGCGCGAUAUCUAAUCCUCGAAGCCACUCCCUCAUCGUCUAGCUCACAAAGAGACGAGGCGGACAGACCGCAUACGCGAUCCGUGCCCUCAUCUGCGCUGCGUGUCGGCGACCUCGUGCUACUCGAGAAGAACCAACGCGUGCCCGCCGACCUGGUCUUGCUGCGCACGUCUGACCACUCUGGCACGUGCUUCAUUCGUACUGACCAGCUCGACGGUGAGACGGAUUGGAAGCUGCGAGUCGCAGUGCCCGUGUGUCAGAAGCUCGUAAACGACGCAGAGCUGCUAAAUCUUGACGCCGAGAUAUAUGCGGAUGCACCAACGAAAGACAUUCAUACCUUCAUCGGUACUUUCACCAUCAACUCUCCGCCAAUGACAUCCGAGAAUGACAAUGUACUUUGGGCAAAUACGGUUUUGGCCGCAGGAUCGGCCAUCGGCUUCGUCGUCUAUACUGGUUUAGAAACGCGAGCAGUCAUGAACACAAGCCAUCCGGAGACAAAGGUUGGUCUUCUGGAUUUGGAGAUCAACAGACUGGCGAAGAUCCUCUGCGCGGUCACAUUUGCGUUAUCCUUCGUACUUGUUGCUCUUAACGGCUUCCGGGGACUUUGGUAUAUCUACAUUUUUAGGUUCUUGAUUCUGUUUUCCUCCAUUAUACCCAUCAGUCUACGUGUGAAUCUGGACAUGGGCAAGACUGUCUAUGCACAGCAAAUCAUGACUGACAGAGAGAUACCCAACACGAUCGUGCGGACGAGCACCCUGCCCGAGGAGCUCGGGCGGAUAGAGUAUCUGCUAAGUGAUAAGACUGGCACACUGACACAGAACGAGAUGGAGAUGAAGAAGCUCCACAUGGGCACCGUGUCUUACGGAUUUGAUUCCAUGGACGAGGUGGCGCAUCAGCUUGCCAUGGCUUUCGGGUCCACCACGACGGGAGCGCAGCUUGCCACGAGAGGUCGCAGGGACAUGUCCUCGCGCGUGCAUGACGUUGUUAUUAGUCUUGCACUGUGUCAUAACGUCACUCCGGUCACGAACGACGACGGUACUGUGACCUACCAGGCCUCUUCUCCCGACGAAGUCGCGAUCGUGAAAUGGACAGAAUCGGUCGGACUCACGCUGACAUUCCGUGACCGCACGCGUAUCGAGUUGCAGACGCCCUCAGGCGUGCGAAUCACGUUUGACGUCCUCGAUAUCUUUCCGUUCACAUCCGAGUCGAAACGUAUGGGCAUCAUUGUGCGUGAUGCGCAGUCCGGCGAGAUCACGUUCCUGCAGAAGGGUGCUGAUGUUGUGAUGGCGCGCAUCGUGCAACGCAACGACUGGCUGGAAGAGGAGUGUGCCAACAUGGCGCGAGAGGGUCUGCGUACAUUGGUCGUCGGGAGAAGGCGGCUAACAGAACAGGCCUACUCGAUCUUCAAAGAGCGCCAUCACCAAGCAAGCAUUCGGCUGGAAGGCAGGAACGAGGCGAUGACAGCAGUGGUUGCAGACAUCCUCGAACGAGACCUUGAGUUGUUGGGCCUGACUGGUGUCGAAGACAAGUUACAGGACGAUGUCAAGUCGACUCUGGAGCUGUUGCGCAAUGCCGGCAUCAAGAUCUGGAUGUUGACAGGAGACAAGAUCGAGACCGCCACAUGUAUUGCCAUCUCCACGAAGCUCGUCGCAAGAAAUCAAUAUAUUCAUCAAGUCGCGAAAUUGAAGACUUCAGAUGAAGUACGAGAUCAGCUUGAAUUCCUGCAGAACAAGCUCGAUUGCUGUCUGGUCAUCGACGGCGAGUCGUUGCAGCUCUGCUUGAAUUUGUUUAAGAAUGAGUUUGUCGAGAUUGCAACCAAACUCUCUGCUGUCGUAGCGUGUCGGUGUUCGCCUACGCAGAAAGCGGAUGUCGCGCGCUUGAUUCGGAAACAUACCAGAAAGCGCGUAUGCUGUAUCGGCGAUGGAGGAAACGAUGUCAGCAUGAUACAGGCGGCAGACGACUCAGGUGUCGGUAUCGUCGGAAAGGAGGGAAAGCAGGCGUCAUUAGCUGCAGACUUCUCAGUCACGCAGUUCAGCCAUCUCACCAAGCUCCUUCUAUGGCACGGUCGCAAUUCAUAUCGUCGUUCAGCCAAACUGGCGCAAUUUGUCAUCCAUCGCGGUCUCAUCAUUUCCGUGAUGCAAGCUGUCUUCUCUGCCAUUUUCUACUUUGCGCCGAUCGCAUUGUACCAAGGAUGGCUCAUGGUCGGAUAUGCUACGGUAUACACUAUGGCGCCUGUCUUCUCGCUGGUACUCGACCGAGACGUCAACGAGGAUCUCGCGCUGCUCUAUCCCGAGCUAUAUAAGGAACUGACAAAGGGCCGAGUUCUCUCAUUCAAGACGUUCUUCAUGUGGCUUAUGAUCAGUGUCUAUCAAGGCGCUGCCAUUAUGAUCAUGUCCUUGGUGCUGUUUGAGAACGAGUUCUUGAACAUCGUGUCCAUCUCCUUCACGGCUCUGAUUCUCAAUGAGCUGAUCAUGGUCGCGCUCGAGAUCACAACAUGGCAUAUAUACAUGAUCAUUUCCGAGGUCGCCACGCUGUUCUUCUAUGUCAUCAGCAUUGCAUUCCUCCCUGAGUACUUUGACCUGACAUUCGUGGUAUCGGUACGGUUUGCGUGGAAGGUCGCUGUGAUCGUAGCCGUAAGCGCGUUCCCUCUGUACAUUAUCAAGGUCAUCCGUAGUCGAGUCGCGCCGGCAGCAUCUAGCAAAUUAUUGUAA